AUGGAUAAUUCAAAAGGCUGGAUUCUGAGUUUAAUUACUAAUUGCUUUUGCAUCCUUGGCGCUAGCGGAGUUUGGAUCGAUGUUGUCGCAAACAAAUUACUCGGUCGUCCAGCGAUCGACCUGGUGAACAGUGAGCGCUCCUUGGUAACGGCACUUGCUACCAGUGCUGGAAUAUUAUUGUUCAGCUCUUGGUCAAGUGUUAUGGAAGAAUCGUUGCAUUUUUUCUUAGACGUUCCUAUGAUUGACAUGUUCCUAGCCAGAAUCUUCCAGCUUACUUCUUUUUUCUUUGGAAGUAUCUUUUUUUACAUAUUUACUCACUUUCUCCACAAAUGGCUCCAUAAAACCAACGAAUUGAAUGCAGGACAUGAAGACUUUGGAAAUUCUACUGCUCGGGGCUCCCCUCGGUCGUUAUCUUCAUCAACACACUCAGGAUCAGCAUCUCUUCAACUCUCUUCUUCUGUCCAAGGAAGUCACUGCCCUAGUGAAGCCCAUCUUCAUGAGAGAUCCAUGCUGUUAGCAGAUGAAGGUGGCCCUGAAAACAACAUUCCUCUUGCAAGAGAAAGUAAUCCAAAGACACCUACGUGUGAAUGCGAAUGUCAUAAUCACGAUGAUGUGAUGAACACCGUGUUUGGGUCCGAGGAGGACGAGCAUAUUCAUUCCGUUUAUACGAUGGGCAUUCAAACCGCCUUUCUUAUAUGUCUUCAUAAAAUUCCUGAGGGAUUUAUCACUUAUUUGGCUUCCACUGUUGAUACCGGGUUCAUGGUGUUUGUUGCUAUGACUAUCCACAAUAUGGUAGAAGGAUUUACAGUUGCUUACCCUCUUUAUCUUGCUUGGAAAUCCCGUAAAAAGGCCUUUUUGACAGCAGCGGCUAUAAGCAGCUUGAGUCUUCCAUCGGGUGCAUUCAUCGCUUUUCUUUUGGUUCGUAUUGGAGCUUCUGGAUCGUUUGACUUGCUAAAUUUGGUUUAUGGAUUCAUCUUUGCUAGUACUGCAGGAAUGAUGUUAAUAUUGUCCCUUCGUGUCAUUUUCCCAGAGGCUUUACGACAUGAUCACUCUCAAAACAAGAGACAUUCCGUUUUGUGUUUUAUUCUUGGAAUUUUGGGUACGCUAUGUUUGGAAGUGUUCCACGAAAGCUAA